AUGCUGGCAUUAUGCUUCAACAUCUGUAGCAGCUGGGCCGGGCUCUCGACCAGCGUCCAAAUCGCCCUGCUGGCAGGCGGACCCAUGGCGUUGAUCUACGGCGUCAUCGUCACCACGGCCAUCUAUCUCUGCAUCAGCUCAAGCCUCGCCGAGUUGGCAAGCGUUUACCCAACUGCCGGAGGACAGUACCACUUCAGCUCGAUCCUGGCCCCAGAAAGAUUCAGCGCUCAGAUCUCCUACGUCUGCGGGUUCAUCACGACUUUCUACUGGAUCGCAACUGGCGCCGCCGUCUCCGUCAUCGUCGCGACACAGAUCUCCACCCUGUACGUGUUCUACAACCCGCAGGAGCCCGAAGCGGCGUGGCAGCUAUUCCUAAUAUAUCAAGGACUUGUCCUUCUGGCGGUGCUUUAUAACAUCCUGCUCAUCAAGAGAUUUGACUUCACGCAUACCAUCGGCUGUAAGCGACGAGCGCGCCCUAGACAAAGCCAAGGUAUUCUAACUGCUCUAGUUGCUCUAUCAAUCACCAUCUUCGUAUCAAACUUCAUCGGCCUUCUAGUGCGCUCAAGCCCCAAAGCACCCAGCGGAUUCGUCUGGACCACCUUCAUCAACGAGACGGGCUGGCCCGACGGCGUCUGCUUCAUGAUAGGUUUGGUGCCUCCCUUCUUCAUGUUCGGCGGCCUGGACGGCGCGUUGCAUUUAUCCGAAGAAGCCAAAAACCCCUAUAGAGUGGUUCCCCGCGUCACGGUGGGUAUUGUCGUGGUGGGGUUCUGCACCGCCUUCCCAUUCGCGAUCGGCUUGCUCUACAGUAUCUCGGAUUUCACUUCCAUUGUUGAAAGCCAUGGGUACAUCCCGUUCGAGAUCAACCGUCAGGGCCUUCGCUCUGACCAAGGUGCUGUAGCCGUGCUCACCGCGGGCACUGUUCUCGGGUUCUUCAUCCUCAACGCCACGAUUCAGGCGUCCUCGCGCGUUGUCUGGUCGUUCGCCAGAGAUAAAGGAUUCGCUUUCUCACACAUCCUUAGCCGCGUCCAUCCGAGACUUGAGGUCCCAGUCUGGGCUCUGCUGUUCAAUUGGGUCUUUGUGGCGCUCCUUGGAGUCCUAAUUCUGGCGUCUUCGAUCGCUUUCAAUGCAAUUUUAAGCUCCACCGUGGUGCACCAGCUUCUAUCAUACCUCAUACCGGUGGUGCUACUCAUCUACCAGCGGCGGUCUUCCAAGUUCCUCCCUGCCAAUCGAAGUCUCGCAUUGCCCAACUGGCUCGGCUGGAUUGUCAACUGCGUUGUAGUCCUCACCAUACCAGUGCUGGUGGUGUUCUUCGCAAUGCCGCCGUUCAGGCCGGUCACUGGCACUAACAUGAACUAUACUGCUGCUGUGCUGGGCACAGUCAUGCUCCUCGGCACCCUCAACUGGUUGUUCUACGCCCGUCGCCCCUUUCGAGGUCCCCGAAUGGAAUGGCAAGUGGUCACUAUGGUUAACUGA